AUGCGAGUUAAUAUUAAAAAACCUAUAAUUUUAGAUCGAUUGAUUUGUACUGCUUCUGAUAACAAUUCUUGGAACUCUGCACAAAAUGUUGAAUUAAAAUUACGCUGUCCCAAAAAUGGCAGUGGUCCGACAGUGUCUUAUGUUGAAAUCAAUUUUUCGGUAUCAUCUCCAAGUGUAAAUUGUUAUGUUCAUGAGGGAGCUAUUGGUUUGGGUUACAUUGGUGUAACCGUUAAUGCUUGGAGUACUUUGAUAUUUAAUUAUUUGGCAAAUUUUUAUACCUACCAAUCGGUUUAGGAUUUUAAUAUGGAAAAUAAGGCAAUUCGAUUUUUUAACAUCUUUUUUCAAUUGUUGAUAUGGUGAACGAUUUGUGAUGAUUGCACACAAUUCUCAGAAUUGCAUUAAAUAUAUAUUAUUACUAUUAUUAAAAAUCCUUAAUAUAUUUUAAAAUUGAUUAACUAAGAUUUUUAUGUCCUAAUUAGGAUUCUUAAAAAUAAUAAAAAUUUUCAAUAAUU